UGUUAGCACAACAAACCAAUGUUCCAGUUUAUAAUUUCAGUGGAACAAAAUUUGUCCAGUUGCCCAAUACUCCCAAUACUGCAUGUAAAAGAAAGAAUAGACGGGAUGAAUUACUACUGCGUGUUGACACGCGCCUUCCUGAG